AUGCAGAUCACUUCCGUCGUCGUUCUCGCUGCCCUUGCAGCCAGCAUCGCGGCCAUCCCCGUCACCAAUGCUCCCAACGGGCUUCCCGCCGAAGCAGGUGUACCCUGUGGGUGCGAGACGACCGGUCAAUCCUCCACAGCCAGCAAUAGGCUCUUGUUUUUGGAGGGUGAGAGAGUCGGCGAGCAAGUGAUGCAGAAUAAGAUCAACAAAGGUGUACGCGCACAUUCCGGUGACCUGGAGAGGGCCGAGAUGUUGGCGUCCGAUCGUCUGCACGAAAUCGAGGACUUGGAAAGAUACCGUGUUCAUCGGUACCACGGCCAUCAUCACAGGCACCACGGCCACCACCACGACUACGACCACCACCACCGCCGUCACCAUGGGCAGUUCCGGCGUUUCAGAUACCAUCAAGGAGAUGCACGCCGUCGGCUGAGGUUCAAGCACUGGAUGCUGGAACCCACCCCUACGCAGGACGUAGCAUCAGCGUCUCCUGCACCCAAAUCGGCGCCCACAUCCAACACUCAAGGCAACGCUGGUAUCGAAGUUGUGGUGAACAAUAUUGUGAACGGUGCGGCUGCUCCGGCACCUGCGGCUGAUGCUGCAGCCGGCAGUGGUGCCGCUGC